AUGCCUGUCCCACCCCAAGAGACCCAGUCACAGCUAGAGCGUACCUCCAACAUCCUCGGCGAGUACAUGCUCAAAGGUUGGACACUUACCGACCUCCACUGCGACCAAUGCAACGUCACUCCGUUAAUGCGAGAACCGGCCGCUCAGGCUUCAGCGGCAAAUCGGGCGCGUAUACAAUUCUGCGCGCAGUGCGAUGGGGGCCCAGCCGGCCCGUCCAGUCAAGCACGACAGAUUACACCAGACCAACCCGGUCCACUACCCCAGCUGGAGUUCCCCUCUCCUAUUGAUCCUCACCCGCCUAUUCCCUCUUCGUCUAGCCCUCUUCCGCGCACUACAUCCCCUACCGCCGCCGCCCGGACCCGAACCUCCGAGGACAUCUCGGAAGCCAUCUCGGCACGCCUCCUGCAGGGGUACUCUCUCCUGCAGAGCAACUGCCCAAAUGCGUCCUGUAAAGGCGUGCCUCUCAUCGGAUACCCGAGAGCAAAGGACGGGACGAGAGAUCCGAGGCGGAUGUGCGUGGGGUGCGGGACGGGCUAUGUGUCAGAGGGGCAGAUGGGGGGGAUGCAGCCUAUUCAGCCGAUGGGGCGGGCGCAGGCGCAGGCGGUCAGACCGGUGUCGGGGAGUAGCUCUCGCGGGGCGCCGCAGACCCAAGCUGGGCCGAGUACGGGGACGGGACUGGGCGUAAGCGGUAUGGGGACGCAGGCACAGGCAGUGCCGGAGAGCCCAAGGAGUAAGCGCCGGAGAGAGCUAUACGAGACCGGCGAAGCCAUCAAUGCCACCCUUCGGCCGCCUCCUUCGGACAGACAGACUACCACUUCCCGGUCCACUGCACAGGAAGACCAGGACCUCCUCUCGCCUAUCGAUCCAGACCUCGGCCCCAGCGCCAGCGUCGACGGCCCCGCCCCGCCCCCUACCUCUACAAUCCAUACCGCCCUGGAAAGAGUGAACGGGUCCCUCGCACUCACGCUGGACCGCCUAGCGGCGUCAUUAUCGGCGCAUACGGCGGAUGGCGGGCAGGGGAGCGAGGCGAGGUAUUUUGUCGAUGUCAAGUUGCAUACGGAGGCGAUUAGGGAUGUGCUGGAGUGUGUGGAGAUGGUGCGCCGGGUGCAGUAG